AUAGAGAUGAGAGAUCGCUACGCCAGCAAAUGAGGUAAGACGUUUGCGACGCUCGUAGAAAAAGUCACGUUGUAAAUUGAUCGCAAACAUUAGAACACGCCACAAGCGCGUCCAGCCUGCAAACAAACAGUAGAAGUUAGAGAGAGAAAAGGGAAUACAAAAGUACGAAGCAUAUGCGGCAUUUGCCGGCCCCAUCUACAUGAGUCAACUUCCAAAGAAAACCAAGAGUUUCUUGUUUUGCAAAAAACUAUCGAGAGGAGGCGAGGGGACGCUUAGUUUUCGGUGCUGCGGCAGCGAGAUAUGGAGCAAGGUACUUUAGCUGCUGCUUUGCUGAUUUCCUGUGUUGGUUUCUUCGUCUGGUUCUAUCUGAAAAAUCGACAUGAGAAUGGUGAGACUGUUCCCAGAAUGUACCCACUUCUGGGAACAAUGCCUGAGUUGCUUAAAAACAAGGACAGGAUUCUCGAAUGGACUACUGAGUACCUUGCCAAGUCUCCCGGACACACCAUCACGUUGAAGCGAUGGGGGGCGAAGCCUUUCAAGCUCACGUCCAACGCUCAGAACGUAGAGUACAUCCUCAAGACCAAUUUCGACAACUAUCCAAAGGGAGAGUAUGUGUGCGACACGCUGAGAGAUCUUCUUGGAGAUGGCAUCUUCAACGCUGACGCUGGCCUGUGGAAGCUGCAGAGAAAACUUGCGAGUUACGAGUUUACUACCAGGUCUCUACACGACUACCUCAUGGAUUCUGUGGCCGAGAAGAUUGAAAAGAGGCUGCUUCCAACGAUUGCAAGCAUUUGUGGCCGACGAGUCGACUUGCAAGACGUGUUCAUGCGGUUCGCCUUUGACAGCAUUUGCAAGCUCGCAUUCGGAGUCGAUCCUAUGUCCUUGGAUCCGUCGUUUCCCACGAUUGCGUUUGCUCGAGCAUUCGACGAGUCCACGAGGCUGAGUACUGAAAGGUUUUACCAGGUCCAUCCCUUGCUCUGGAAGAUCAAGAGGUACUUCAACCUUGGUUCCGAGAAGCACCUGAAAGAAUAUCUGGCAAUCGUCAAUGAGUUUGCUGCUAUGGUGAUAAAAAACAGGAGAAAAAAAACAGGAGCUCGAGAGAACCAGGACUUACUUUCUCGGUUCAUGGCUCUCGAAAUGGAGGACACGGCAAGUUCGUACUCCGACAAAUUCCUACGAGAUAUUAUCAUCAGCUUUGUUCUGGCAGGCAAGGACACAACUUCUGUGACAUUGUCGUGGUUCUUCUGGCUCCUGUCAAAGCAUCCCAAAGUAGAGAACAAAAUCAUUCAGGAGAUAGUCGACGUUGCUGAAAGAAAUCACGAACCUGGUCGAAGGAUGAAACACUUCGCCUACAGCGAGCUCCGAGAGAUGAACUAUCUCCAGGCAGCGUUAUCGGAAUCCUUAAGGCUCUAUCCAGCAGUUCCGUUCGACAGCAAAGGUGCCAAAGGCCCCGACGUACUACCAGAUGGGAGCAGGAUAGAGAAAGGAACGAGGGUCACGUACCAGAUCUAUGCAAUGGGACGAAUGGAGAGCCUAUGGGGGAAGGAUUGUCUAGAGUUCAAGCCGGAAAGGUGGCUAAGCAGCACUGGAAGUUUUGUGAACGAGAGUCCAUAUAAGUUCACAGCGUUUCAGGCAGGGCCAAGAAUAUGUAUCGGAAAGGAAAUGGCUAUGCUGCAAAUGAAGUCUCUGGUAGCUGCUCUGUUGCCAAAGUUCAAGUUCGAGAUGGCAUCCGACACAGAGCCCCGGUACAGUAUCAACAUGACACUCGCCAUCAAGAAUGGAUUGCCAGUGAUUCCGAGAGCUCGAGAGUAAGGUAAAAAAAG